UCGGAGGUCAGAAGCUCUGAACCUGAAGUCAAAGGCGAAAGCUUUACAGAGUAGUAGUGAGAUCUCUGAGGUCCGUGAGUAGCAACGAUGUAUGCACUGAGGAAACAAGCAAGCAAGCUCAAAGAGCAAGUUGCCAAACAGCAGCAGUUGCAGGCUGUAAUAAAGCAAUUCAGUGGGACUGGUUAUGAAAGUUCUGAUGUAAUGGUUAUAGAUGAGGUUGAGUUGCAGAGGCAUCAACAACUAGAGAAACUGUACAGGUCUACUCGUGCAGGCAAGGAUUUUCAAAAGGACCUCGUGCGGGCAGCUGAAGCAUUGAAUGUAAUAGGAAGCAAGAAAAUUGAAAUAGGGACCAAACUAGCUGAGGAUUGUAGCAAAUAUGGAAGAGAACACAUCAAUGAUGAUGAGAUUCUAGCCAAGGCUGCUUCUCUAUAUGGUGAUGGUCUCAAUCAUGUGCAGAAGGAGCAAGAAGAUUUGACUAAUCAGCUCUCUUCCCAGAUUUUAGAACCCUUGAGCGCAAUGAUCACUGGUGCUCCAUUGGAAGAUGCUCGUCAUCUUGCUCAGCGUUAUAGUAAAAUGAGGCAGGAGGCAGAGACACAGGCAACAGAAGUCUCCAGAAGGCAAGCACGAGCAAGGGAAGCUCCCAGUACUGAAAACUCUGCAAAGCUGCAUGCUGCAGAAUCUAAAAUGCAUGAACUUAAAGCAAACAUGGCAGUUCUGGGUAAAGAAGCUGCUGCUGCAUUGGCUGCUGUUGAAGCUCAACAGCAAAGACUAACUUUCCAGAGACUUGUAGCAAUGGUUGAGGGAGAAAAGACAUAUCAUCAGAGAGUAGCUGCGAUAUUCAGUGAAGUUGAAGCCGAGAUGGUCUCGGAGAAACAAAGGAAAGAGUCUGCUCCUCCUUCAAUUCCAUUCACUGGACGCCCAGAGAAGACAAUGUAUUUCUUGGCUGAAGCAAUGCAUGCAUUUAAUGCUGAAUCAGAAAAGGAGCUGAGCUUGGCUGUUGGUGACUAUGUCGUAGUUCGGAAGGUGACUCCAUCGGGAUGGUCAGAAGGGGAGUGCAGAGGUAAAGCAGGAUGGUUUCCAUCAGCAUAUGUUGAGAAACGCCAAGGGCUUCCCACAAACAAGGUGGAUGCUGAAGUUUUUUAAUUCUCAUAUUGUGCGAGUAUUCUUUUUUUAUUUAUUUGGGCAAACAAGUGCACAAACUAUUGCUAAAUGGAUAAGCUAUUGGCCCCUAUGAUAGUUUCUAAAAUGUGGUGCUUGUAAUAUUUGUAUGUA